AUGUACAGGAACGGCAUGCUUAUGGGCAGCCUUGCACAAGUGAAAGCGUUUUCCGUUUACCAGCUCAUCUUUUGGGAACUAUGGGACGUUAACUCUGGAGGCGCAAUUGGGCUGCGGCAUCUGCAGGAGGCACACAUGGAGAUUUCUAUUGGCGGCGAGUCAAUCGGUUUUCUGAACUUCAGUUUAAGGCCAGACGUCGUGCCCAAAACCGUGAAGAAUUUCGUUGAUCUGCUACCAAGAUACCAAGGGACGUCCUUUCAUCGAAUCAUCCCCGAUUUCAUGGUUCAGGGGGGAGAUGUCCAGAGGAAUGUCCUACCCGGCGCAGACACAUCCCCCGUGCCAUCUUUCAACGACGAGAACUUCGAGCUGAAACACAUCGGUCCAGGGAUUCUCUCUAUGGCAAAUGCUGGUAGGUGCCGUGCCUUCCGUUUCAUGAGGCUUGACAAAUAUUGCACUUUGCAGUUGCGACGCCCUCGCCGAAUGCUCAUUCGCAUGCCCACGGGAGCGGAUAUCUGUUUCACAAAGCCGCAACAGUGUGCAGUCGCAGGCGUAGCAGAUUGCCACACGCUGUAG